UCUACAACCAAUAAUCAAUUUCUGGCCAUAUUUAGCAUCAUCCGAGAAACGCAUCGGGCAACAGUAAGCUAUCUUUUUGACGUUGAGUCGAAACACAGCGGCGUCUGUGUCCAGGAAGGUUUUGCUUCCCUACGCCCAGGAUGGCGUCAAUUCACGACGGCAAAAAGUGAGGUGAAGUGCGAAUAUUGUGUCAUUCCUACAGCAGUAUUAUUGGCUGUGGCUUCCAAUAGGAGUAGUUGCCGGUGUGUUGCUGGUGGUUUUUGACUGGCCUCAAGCGUUGACGCCCGAGUACGCAAGUUACUCUGUUUUACCCCUGGCUUGCAUUAGGCGGGGCAAAACGAGCGCUUCGCGAUCCGCACAAGAACGACCACCAGCAAAUACAGGAAAAACCGAAAAAAUAUACACGCGUGUGACCGUGGGAGUUGUGCAAAGCAAUUGACCGUGAUAAAUUCUGUCGCCAAGGUAGCGGUGCGCUUGGUUGCGAAAGCAAAUCUCUACUAUCGCCGCAGCAUCAUCAGGAACGUGUGUGUGUGUGUGUGUGUCUGUGUGUGCGUCUUUGUAUCUGCCUUCGUCUCGUGCAUCAAGGAGUGUGAUUGAAGGUGGCUUCGAGUUUUCCCGAUUAAAAGAUCUGUGGUUCCAUUCUAGCGCUGUGCUCACGUAGUGGAAAAUAAGCAUUGAAAUCCAAAAGGAGGAAAAAAAUGAUAGUGAAUGCGGUGGCCGCACACGGUGUUAUCGAUUGUGUUUUCCGCACCUAAGGAGUGUUGUAAUACCAGCCGCUGCUACGUGCAGCCAUUAUUCGAUGCUCGCAGCAAGCAUUGGUUGAGCGAAAAUUCGCGAGUUCAAAACACUACACAUCCCCAGAUGAAAUCGGUGCCGCCUGUGUCGGUAUGCGCGAUUGACCGGGAAAAAAGGGUAGCAAAAGUGAAAAUUCAGUUUCAUCGGGGUGGCGUAAAUUCAUAAAUCCUCCGUCCCAAAGCGUGUGUCGGUGUGGUCCGGCAGUGUGACGUGCAGUGAAACGCGGUUCGCUAAAUAGAAAAACCACCGAACGGGAAAAAGGUGGACAAGAAAAGAGGGGUGAAAAAAUUGGAAAAAAGAAGCGCGUUUUUCGGGGGCAAAUUAGCGAAACAUACACAUACACAUACUCACUCCCAAUAGUAGCAAACUUUUUCGUUAUUUUUGUUGUUGCUGCGGCACUAUGCAGUGCUUAACGGAACGUUCGCAUUUCCACCGAAGAAGGCAACCGCGACAACAGUAUCCGUACGUUACCGUUCUAUCGUCGUUCGACACUGCUACCAUGGUGGAGGAGUGCCCUGAACGGCCGUAGGUAGUGUAUCGAGCCCAGAUCCGUCGUUUCCAGACUCGGUACACCCGGUUCGGGAUCGAAUUGACCCCUGAAGGAAGCGUCAGAGAACAGCACACGCAUCUCCCCCAUCCGGUCAGAGGCACAGCAGGGUCACCAUAAUUACAGCGACGGACGGCGGUUAUCGCCGAGGAAGGCAAAAAGGGGAACCAUGAGAACGAAACCAUUCCUGGUGAUACUGACGUGCGUGCUAAUGACCACCUUUCUUCUGAUCCUGUUCGGUUCCGCCGGUCAGCAGAACGACUCGCUGAAAAAUAUCGUCUCCCAGACGCAUCAACAUCUGCGUAAUUUUAAGCAAAACCUUCGCGAAUCGAACUCCGACCGAAGACCCGAAAUCGAUCCGAAGUAUCUGGCGCAGCUCGGGUUCACGCAGCCCCUGUACAAUGGCACGCGGGCAAACUUCACCGUCGUCACGUACGCCCUGCCGGGUGAGCUAGCCUCGACGCUGCUGUUCGUGCAGAGCAUGGCGUUCAAGCUGCCGACUCAGCCGCUGCUGGUGUACGAUCUUGGGCUGGAGGAGUCGGACCUGCACACACUGCAGACGUUCUGCAACGGCUCAUCGUCCGGUGCGCCGCACUGUUGUGCUGUGAUAACGUACGAUCUGAACAAGCUGCCGGCACACGUGGCAGACCGGAGUAUGCACGCGUUCCGGCCGGUCAUUAUCCACGAUGCGCUUGCCCGCUCGAAGAUGAUCCUGUUCACCGAGAACAACGUGCGGCUGAAGGGCAGCAAUCCGGCGCGCGACAUCGAGGACGUGCGGUUGCGGGCGGAAAACAGCAGCUCGGGCGUGCUGGGUUGCGCGACGAAGCAACCGGUCACCAGUCGGACGCAUCCGAAAAUGUUCGAGUACUUCGAGACCGGGGUGGACAACUUCUACUUCCUGCCGAUGACGUCGCUCGAGUUCGUGUUCUUCCGCAACAGUGCGACAGUCAACGAGAAGGUGCUGUUGCCGUGGGUGCGUUGUGCACUGACGCUAGAGUGUCUACAUCCGAUCGGUGCACAGUCUGGUGGUUGUAAGUACAACAAGAAACCACUCUACCGGUACUCGGGUUGCCACGCGUACGAUACGUGCGCGUUCAACAUCAUCCUCGGCAUGACGUUCGGGUAUGACGAAAGCAACUACUCCAACCAGGAUUUGGCUAAUCUCUACUACCUGGAAACGCUCGAGCAAGCAACGAAGAUUCUCGAGAACCGACGGAAAAACAUCAGCGACACGUCCGAGCAUCCGUUCACGGAGGACUGAGUGAGACAGGCGAGCCCCGGUGGAGAAAAAGUUCGAAUAUUCGAAGCAACAUCCUGUUAGCGUCCUGCGUGGGUUUUUUUUGUUUGACAAGGCUCAUCAAGGUAAACACCAUCCAUCAACGUUCUACGGUCCCCCAAUGAGACGUGUGUUAGCUUGACACACGGUCGUGCUUAAAUUAUAACUGAAAUCCUUCGAUAUUAGCGGUCGUACAUAAUUAGUCUUCUAAUUAAGCGGCGAAUUCAAUUUCCGGGCGAUGAGAUGACCAUGCCGCAUCCGGAAAGAGGAAGGAAAAAACCCGUCCGGUGCAGGGAAAUUAAAAAAAAACGCAAGGGUUUACUUUGAAUGGUUUUAACCAGUUUUUGGAUCACGUUCAGAAUGAAAUUAAUUUCAUUUUCAGUUGCAGCCACAGAAACAAUCGAAACAGAACUGGCAAUUUGGGAUUUUUUUUUGGUUCGCUGAACAAACCGUUAAAAUUUACCACCAUAAGCGAUUGUUGAAUGUUUGUUUUUUGAUGAUAUGAAGUGAUUUUUUAAAAAUGAAAAUGAACAUUUAAUGACCGAGGAUAAUCGUUUGCUUCUAACGUCGUUAUUCGGGCAUAAGCGUUCUAAAUACGGCGAAGCACAACAGCAUACAAAUUAUCAUCAUGAUGCACAUGAAUUACAUUAAAAGACAAAUACAACAACACUUAGCUAGUUAGACGAGGUUUCUCUUCUAAGCCAUUGCACCUGUUGCGUUCUGUUUUGUUCUGAAGCCCAGCUGUAACCAAUUUUUUUGGUGAUUUUUUUCCCCAUUUAUCCUUAUUUAUUGCGUGUAGAGGUGCGGUUGUCCUUGUAGUUCAUCGGAGGUAUGAAGAGGAAAACAUAGAAACUUAUAAAAAAAAAACAAACCUACUCUUGGAUCGAGUCAGGAUCGAUAGAAUUUGCCCAGUGAAGGGAAUUGGCGAAAAGAAAAAAAGCCGCGACCGCAAAAAAGGCGAAAAAUGGACGGUUUUGUUGCAUGAUGUGAUCUAUCAAAUGGCCAAGGUUAAUUAGAUAUAGGUAUGGGUUAUUUUUAACCUCUCCCUUCCUUUUGCCUUCCCUUCUCUAUCAUUUGCUCUUUUCUGUCUCUUUUUGCUCUGUAUCCUGCUCCUCCUCCUUGAAAUUAUCGAUGUAUUUAGCAUACGGGAAUUUUGUUGUUUUUAUAUUAUAAUAAUACUGUUGUAUAGUACAGCUUGGUUCGCUACUAGUGAUAGUGUUUGGUCACACGUAUGCUUUGUAUAUAGUAAAAAAUCCAUCGUAUCCGGCGGACCCACCCAUGGUGGGGGUCGAUAUAAAGGACUUAACGGGCAGCACAUAGUA